GCACCUGUUGGUUUUUUUAAUGGCUAUAGGAACUCAUUAAAUUCUAAGAUAUUUUCUUAAUAUACUUUUUGCGCUUUUCGAAAAAUAAGUACUAACAAAAAUUAUUGAAAUAAAAAAAUAUUUCAACGUGGCAACUUUGCAAACAAACUUUGCAUCAAAAUACUGAAAAAAAGGAUGAAUAACAUCUUUAUCUUCCUUUUGGCAUUAAUUGUGUUGUUCACAUCCACAGUAAAGGCUCAACAAUAUUUUCCUGAUGAUGAAAUCGAUACAGAAACUGAUGCGGAAGUGGUUUCUGUUGAGCAUAAAAUACACAAAAGAAGUAUUCCUGAAAUUUCAAUAAAGAUAACAAAUAGAGGCACUGAGAGUGAAUUUAUUUUACAGUCAUCAGAUGGAUUUUUUGCCGGUAAAGAUACAAAAGUCUGGAUAGCUAAAAAAGUAGGAAACAAAUUUAUUUAUACACUGCAAAGGGAGAUUAUGAAGGAAGUGAAUAUUACAUUUUACCAAGAUGUUAAAUCAAAAUCCGCAAUAGCACACACUGUAAAUGAAGAUGGUACUUCAGAAUUUAAUGGUGUUAUUAAUUCCAACAAAAUAAUACGAUCAUUAAAUAAUCACGAUCGCAAACGUCGGGAUCUUUCAUCUGAAUUACUGUACAAAUCAGCAAAUAAUGGUAGCAAAAAUUAUCAUCUGCUUCAUAAGCGAGAAGUAUCAAACAAUAAUAACUAUCACACAAAAAAUACCAAUCGGCAGAAAGUGGAUAAAGUUUUACAAAAUCCAAAAAUAGUCUAUCCAGAAAUUUUAGUCUUUGUAGAUGUUGCAUUGUUUAGACACCACAACAAAGACAUUGUCAAAACAGUCGCUUACGUUCUAACCCUUUUUAAUGGAGCAGAUCUUUAUUUUAGAGAACUGUCAAAUCCCAUAUUUCGUUUAAACAUUGCUGGAAUUGUUGUGUGCCAGGGAAUACAUAGAAUUGUACCGAUGCACACCUUUGACGCUUCUCGUAUCCAACUAGACGAAUUUGGAAAAUUCUUGUUUAAGGAAGAACAAUUUAAAUUUAAAAAUGAUUAUGAUGUUGCUAUUCUAUUGGGCAAAAGAAAUCCAAUUGUUACUUCUACUGAUGUAACUGAAGGUAGAGCAAAUGUACGAUGUGUUUGUCAAAGAAACGAAGAAACCAAAAUGAUAAUGUCAACAGUGGUUGUCGUCGAUAAUACAAUAUUGUCUGGAGUUCAUACCAGUGCACACGAAUUAAGUCAUCUAUUUGGAAGUGAACAUGAUAAUUUUGAUAAUACAACACUAAGUGAAGAAGAUAAAGAAUCAUGUUCAUUUAAGAAAGGAUUUAUUAUGAGCUAUAAAAGGCAUGACCAGAAUCAAUUUUACUAUUCCAAGUGUUCCAAAGAAAUGAUGCGAUAUACUUUGAGUAGGCCGGAGGCUAUUUGCCUUCAAAAUGAUCCAGGUGUUAACAGAAAUGAUAAUCAAAUUUUGAGAAUUUUGCCUGGGCAAUAUAUAACAUUAGAUGAACAAUGUCAAAAAAGAGGAUACACUUAUGCAACUCCCAAUGUGGAUCAAAGUGUUUGCUUGGAAAUAAUUUGCAUCACUAAUACCACAGCCUACAACACAAUUGAGGGAGCACUUGAUGGAACUCCUUGUGACACUGAAAAGGUUUGCCUAAGGGGAGAGUGUGUGAAACUUCCAUUUGAUAAAAAUCCAGAUAUAAAAUUAUUAUUCCCAAUAUUAUAUCAAGAACUGAAAACCAAUAAAUCUGCUGAAGAACAAUGCACAAAAUUAGGAUAUAAUACAUUUGGAUCUUUUAUCAAAGAUUGUUAUCUUCACUGCACGGAUGUAAAUGCAAACGAAAAAACAAUUCGCCAUGGACCAGCGGAUGAUGGAACUGUCUGCAACAUUAACGGAGUAUGUAAAAACGGACAAUGUGUGGACGAUUUUUAUAAAUUAGCUGAAGAUCAUUGUAAACGUUCUGGACAAUCAGCACUUUAUCGAGUUAAUAAUAUUCGUGAAAAAAAAUGUAAAAUUAUUUGUGAAAAAUGGUCAUACAAUGUUAGUGAUGCCUUGAAUAAUAACAACUUCGAUAAAAAUAUAUUCAAAAGUGAAAUCUCAGCACCCGAUGGAAUAAGCUGCGAUAAUAAUGCACAUUGUCAAGAUGGCCAGUGUGUUGAUAUUUCAAGUACUGAAAGUGCUGCAAGUACCCAAAGUAUCAAAAGUACAGAAAGUUCUACAAGUACCCAAAGUAUUAGAAUUACAGAAAGUACUAGGAGUAUUGAAAUCUCUACAAGCACUGAAAGUACUACAAGUAGCUUUUUUGAAACAAGUACAAUUGACAUUAAUGUUCCAAAAAAGAUUAAAACUCCCAGUGAACAAUGUGAAGAAAUUGGGUUGCCUUUCAUAGAAACUUAUAACGAUGGGUGCAUUACUAGAUGUGAUGAUAAAAAUAGCGAUGACAAUAAAGAUUUAAUUGCUCCAGAGGGAUAUCCUUGCCUUAUUGAUAACAAAACUGAGGGACAUUGUCAAGAUGGACAGUGUGUUGAUAUUUCAAGUACUGAAAGUGCUGCAAGUACCCAAAGUAUCAAAAGUACAGAAAGUUCUACAAGUACCCAAAGUAUUAGAAUUACAGAAAGUACUAAGAGUAUUGAAAUCUCUACAAGCACUGAAAGUACUACAAGUAGCUUUUUUGAAACAAGUACAAUUGACAUUAAUGUUCCAAAAAAGAUUAAAACUCCCAGUGAACAAUGUGAAGAAAUUGGGUUGCCUUUCAUAGAAACUUAUAACGAUGGGUGCAUUACUAGAUGUGAUGAUAAAAAUAGCGAUGACAAUAAAGAUUUAGAUGCUCCAGAGGGAUAUCCUUGCCUUGUUGAUAACAAAACUGAGGGAUAUUGUAUAGAAGGCAUAUGUCUGGUGGAGGAAUUUAAUACAACUACUGUUAGCAUUAUUGUUUCAACAACAUCUUCGAAUAAAUUAUCCGACGAUGUAAAUUCUCUUAUUCAGAAAUGUAAUGAUGUUGGAUUCAAAUUAUUUUCUCAUCUUGAAAAAUUUAAUUGCACAAUUGUCUGUAGUAAUGAGAAUAACCUUGACUAUGAUGAUGAGGAUGAUGACGAUGUUAUGAUUCAAGAGUUAUAUCAAUCAGAUGGAUCUCCUUGCAUGUAUAAUGGACAUUGCUUGGAAGGACAAUGUGUUAAUAUGAUAAUCACAAAUCCUAAUGAAAUAUCAAACGACGAAAAUGAAGAUGCAUUUGUUGUAUUUAAUAAAUUACCAAGAAAGAAGGAAUUUCCAAAAGUAGCUGCUGAUGUAAACUCGUUUAACAAUGGAGAAAAUGAAGAAGAUAAUGCUCCUAUUGAUUUGUCCGAUAUUGACGACGAUAUCAAAGAAUUUGCAGAUGACCUAGAUGUAGACAUCUAGAAUAUAUUAAAUCUUCAAGCAGUGGUUUCCAAUGGACAAGCCAAAAAAUAAUUAUCUGGAUUAAUUAAUUUUCUUCGCUAAUAAGCAAAAGCGAAUUAAAGUACGAAAAGAAUAAUUGUUUCCAACAUUUCUCCUCUUUAUAAUUAGAAAAAUAAGUUUUUAAAGAAUUGUUAAGUACCUUUUCGAUACUAUGUGUAUGUAAUAUAUUAUUUAUAAUAUACAUUAUAUAUAAUAUUAUAUAAUAUGUAAUAUAAAAUAAAUUAAAUAAAUAAUAUGUAUUUGUUUGU